AUGGCUGCCCCCAUUGUGGGAGCAAUUAAUGUUGUUUUCUGGUGUUUGUUUGUCCUUUUAACAGUGCUAUGUGAGGAAUACUCGGCACUAUUCGAGAAUGAUUACCUCACCCCCUAUCCUUCAGGACAGCAUGGACCGAAACAUUCCCAUCGGGUUACACGAUACUGCCAAGGAGUCUGGUACGGGGACGUAACACAUGAAAGUUACCCAUCUCAUAGUAAUCCUCAACUAGAACUACCUCUUGUUGAAUAUAAAAGAUAUAUAAAAACUUUGCAAAUCACGGAUAAUUUAUCUAAAGAUAUCGUUGGACAUGUUAGUAUUAUAAAUAACCCUAUUAGGACAAUCUCAGUGCUAGAACCGAAACAUUCAAAUGGAUGCACAGAAGAGAUGCGAGAGACCGUUCGAGAGACGGCUAAGCAGAAAAACUGUCUCGUGGCGAUAAAUGCUGGAUUUUUCAAUACCCAUACAGGGUCGUGUCUGGGUAAUGUCGUUAGCGAUGGUAGACUCGUACUCGACUCUCAAGGAAUACAGAAUGCACAUUUUGGAAUCCGAGAAGAUGGCAGUUUGUUUUUCGGUUAUUUAUCUGAGAGUGAUUUAGUAGAUAAAACAAAUCCAUUUGUUCAGUUAGUUGGUGGUGUGGUAUGGCUUGUUAGAAAUGGACAAAGCUACGUGAAUACAAGUAGAUAUAUAGAAUGUGGUGAUACAGAGGAAACAGGCACAGUAGAUGAAUUCAUUCGUGUUGUUGCGGCGAGAAUGGCUGUCGGGCAUGACAAAGAUGGCAGAGUGGUACUGAUUCAGGUAGAUGGUGAAACAUGGAAAAAAGGAGCCAACUUAGACGAGUUUGCUGCUUUCCUGAUAGAUUUGGGAAUCAUAAAUGCAAUCAACCUUGAUGGCGGUGGAUCAGCUACUUACGUGGUGAAUGGAACCACUAUCAACUACCCUACAGAUAAAUGUGCUGGAAGUGAUAUGUAUCGAUGUGACCGGCCGGUUUCCACUGUCCUGUGUGUUCAUGAACCUGAAUGCAACCCACAGAAUUGUAGUAACCAUGGUGACUGUGUAUUGGGAACAUGCAACUGCCAUGAGUAUUGGAGUGGUACAAGUUGUGAUACCCUGCAGUGUGGAACAUCAAAUUGUGGUCUCUAUGGCAACUGCACAGAAG